UGUUCAAUUGGCGACGUGUACCGGUGCAGUUCCUGUGGCUAGAGGCGUUUGUGUUUCUCUCUUUUACAAGGGAAACACCAAAAACAGGACUCUUUAUAGGCCCGACAGGACUGUACUAUGGGGGGCUCACAGAGUGUGGAGAUACCGGGUGGAGGGUCCGAGGGGUACCACGUCCUACGGGUUCAGGAGAACUCCCCUGGACAUCGAGCUGGCCUGGAACCCUUCUUUGACUUUAUUGUGUCUAUCAAUGACACUAGACUGAAUAAAGACAAUGACACAUUAAAGGAAUUACUGAAGGCUAGUGUGGAGAAACCUGUCAAAAUGCUGGUGUAUUCAUCUAAGACACUGGAGCUGCGGGAAUCCACAGUCACUCCCAGUAACCUGUGGGGAGGCCAGGGCCUGCUUGGUGUGUCCAUCCGUUUCUGCAGUUUUGAGGGAGCCAAUGAGAAUGUCUGGCAUGUACUGGAAGUGGAGCCAAACUCUCCAGCAGCCAUCGCUGGCCUGCGGCCGCACACUGACUACAUCAUUGGUGCAGACACCGUCAUGAAUGAGUCAGAGGACCUUUUCUCUCUGAUUGAGAGUCAUGAGGGGAAACCCUUAAAGUUGUACGUGUACAACACUGACACUGACAACUGUCGAGAAGUGGUCAUCACACCCAACAGUGCAUGGGGAGGGGACGGCAGUCUGGGAUGUGGGAUUGGUUACGGAUACCUCCACAGAAUUCCCACCAGACCGUUUGAAGAGGGAAAGAAGAUCAGCUUUCCUGGAAGCCCGACCAGUGAGCCUGUCAGUCCAUUAAAGGAUGGAUUCACUGAGGUGCAGCUCUCAGCAGUUACUCCUCCUGCCACUGCAGUGUCCGUUCCCUCUGGCCUGGAAGACUCUCUCUCAAGCCUCUCCAUCAGCUCUGCAGGGCCUGCUUUACCCGGCGAACUUCAAACAGGUUUACCCACUGUACCGCUGCUCCCCUCGUCCACUGCGCCCUCACUGACCCCCCUUGCACCUCUCAAUCCCGCCUCCACUAGUUUUAGCUCCACCUCCACACUACCAGGUCUCAUGCCUCUUCCUGCUGGUUUGCCCCCUCUGCCAAACCUUAACCUCCCAGACCUUGGAGCUGUGUCGUUAGCGGGUGGCAGCAGCCUCCCCCCAGCUGUGGGAACAGUCCCGCCUCUAUCGUCCCUCCCUCCCCUCAACCUGCCUGCCCUGGCCAACCUGCCCCCUCUGCCUGCCAUGCUGCCUUCCCAGCUGCCCUUUCUGCCCCAGAGUGUGGCUCCCCUCCUGCCAACUACCACUCCUGCCUCUGUCACAGUCAGCUCUGCAUCUGAGCUGCCCCCAGCAGAACUCACUGCCCCUGCGUCCCCCACGGAAACACUCAUCUCGACGGAAACACCAGUAUCCAUGGAAACACAGUCCUAACCAGGAAAUGGAUGAAGAACCUGCCCUCUCUCACCAUCGGAGUAAACACACAUCCGGUUACACUCUUGCCCCGUCUUCCUCGGUUUUCUAUUUAUUUGGCCCUUGGACGCUCAGAUGGAGGCAGUGCACAUCAGUCUGUAAGGAGGAGGCUUGUGGGGCAGUGAAGGAUUUAAAGGCGAGUUUUUGUAGAAGAUCCGGAGCUCAGCAGCUUUCCCUUACUGCUGGGACACUGGGAUGCUGUGUGCUAGUUUGGAAAAAGCUUCAGAAAACAGAGUGCCCUGGCAACGACUUCUGCAUCUCACUUAGCAAUCCUUUCUCUUUUUUACAUGUGUAAAUAUUACAGGGCUGGCUGAUUAACUGUGCAUUAUGUGAUAUAAGUCAUGAAUCUCAACAUGGUUCAUAUUUUAUUAAAGCAGUGGUAAAUAUAUUGCAUGGCAUCACAUGGCCUCUCUAACUACUUGUAUCAAAACACUUUAGCCCAUAGUUAAUUUUGUCCUUUUUAUUUUGUUAGGUUUAAUUUCUGUAUCUGACCCAUAGCGGCAGGGAGUAUUGGCAGUUAUAGGGGCUCUGUUGUAGUGUGAAGGUGCUACUUUGAAGGGUUCAUGAAUGCUUUGCUCAAGGCAUUAAUGAACUGUUGCUACAGUAACACCUCACAGCCACAAGAUGCUGCUGUAAAAGACCUUUUAAGAGACCCAACAGGAUGCGCAAUGCAAGCAAUAAAGCCAAAUUAAUUUUACACCUGUCAUAAAAACAUACAAUUCUGAAAUAAAUCAUAAUUUAACAUGAUAAAUUCCAAGUUGAUUUGUGUGUGUGUGUCUGGUUACGUUUCCAGGAGUAUAGAGAACAUGUUUGGAAAGUUUGGAUAUUUUAAAAACUACAUUUGUUUAUUAUGCUGUAAAUAAAGGCAGAGGUCUCUCACUGAAA